AAGAAUAGAUUUUACCCAAUCAGAUAGUGUGUUACAUAUUGGGGAAGGGUUAAUCGGCGUCUAUUUUACUUUUACAUUAAAAUGGUUCGGAGCCAAAGCAAAAGUAGGGAAAGGAAGAAGAGUGGUUCAGAACGAGGCAGAGAGAGGAAGAGGAAGAAUUCUUCUAGUAGUGGAUCAGACUCCAGAUCACCAAAGAGGAGAAAGAAGAGCCCAGAACCCAAGCCUACAAAAGUUCACAUCGGAAAGCUAACACGGAAUGUGAAUAAAGAUCACAUCAUGGAGAUUUUUUCCAAUUAUGGCAGCAUCAAAAACAUAGAUAUGCCCUUAGACAGGGUGCAUUCUAACUUUACUAAAUUAUUUGCAUAUAUUGAAUAUGAAUCACCAGAGGAGGCAGAAAAGGCUGUGAAAUAUAUGGAUGGAGGUCAGAUUGAUGGACAAGAAAUUUCAGCAAGUGCAGUGUUGGCAGCUAGACCAGCAAGACCUCUACCACGAAGAAGUCCUCCCAGGAAUAGAGGUCCACCACCGAGGUGGGGCCGCCCAGCCUCCCCACGAUACAGGGAUAGAAGAAGGACACCACCUCCAAGACGAAGAAGUCCACCACCAAGGCGGCGCUCCAGAUCCAGGUCCCCCGCCAAAAGGAGGAGAUACAGUCGAUCAAGCUCCAGUUCAUCUCGAUAAAAGGAUGUCAUCCACUUGUCAUUCAUAGCAUCAUGCUGACCAUCCAAGGCUUCAUUCAGACAUUUCCUGCGAUAGUGACAGUGUUACUGAAUCACAAAACUUCUCAUUUAAGUGUAUUAUUUUUUUCUCGGAUCAAUGAGGAUAAAGUGGCUUCUAGCUAUAUAUGGGUUCUGUCUCUUUUUGUCAGACACACAUUCUUGUAUAAAUUUUGUUUUAAAUAAAAUUAAUGAUAAUUUUAA